AUGUGGACACGUUUCCACCUGUACGAGAACAUCUCCAAAGUCAGCCCCUUUGAGGGGCCCCAGUAUUACUUGGCCCCAUCCUGGGCUUUCCAUCUGCAGACCCUCUUCAUGGGCCUGGUCUUCUUUGUUGGUACGCCUUUAAACUUUAUCGUUCUCUUGGCUACGAUCAAGUACAAGAAGCUUAGAGUUCCUCUCAACUACAUCUUGGUCAACAUCACCUUAGCUGGAUUCAUCUUCGUCACCUUCGCUGUCAGUCAGGUGUUCGUCGCCAGCAUGAGGGGCUACUACUUCUUGGGUUACACUUUGUGUGCCCUGGAGGCUGCCAUGGGUUCCAUAGCAGGUUUAGUUACGGCCUGGUCCCUUGCUGUCCUUUCAUUUGAACGGUACCUGGUCAUCUGUAAACCAUUUGGAGCCUUUAAGUUUGGCAGUACUCACGCUGCAGCCGCCGUCAUCUUCACAUGGUGCAUGGGGGUGGGCUGUGCCACACCACCUUUCUUUGGCUGGAGCAGGUACAUCCCUGAGGGUUUGGGAUGCUCCUGUGGACCUGACUGGUACUCAAAUUGUGAGGACCGCAGCUGUGGCAGCUACAUGAAGUUCCUGCUGGUGACCUGCUUCAUCCUUCCUCUGAGCAUCAUCAUUUUCUCCUACUCCCAGUUACUGGGAGCUCUAAGAGCGGUUGCAGCCCAGCAGGCAGAGUCAGCGUCCACCCAGAAGGCGGAGAAGGAGGUAUCGAGGAUGAUCAUUGUCAUGGUUGGGUCCUUCGUCAGCUGUUACGGUCCGUACGCUCUGACAGCUAUUUACUACGCUUAUUCUCAAGAUGAGAACAAAGAUUACCGUCUCGUCACCAUCCCAGCAUUUUUCUCUAAGAGUUCUUGUGUUUACAACCCACUGAUCUACGCCUUCAUGAACAAACAGUUUAACGGCUGCAUUAUGGAAAUGGUGUUUGGCAAGAAGAUGGAGGAAACAUCUGAAGUGUCUUCAAAGACUGAGGUGUCCACAACUUCCUAAUGUGUGGAGCAAACUCUGAAGGACUUUUGACUCACCAAAUGAACUUUUAAUGGUUUGAGUUUGGAGGAUUCACGGUAAACCCAGAAAAUGGAUUUCUGACAAACAUGUAAAUACAGUUUAUACUAAAACUUCAGCAUCAACUGCUGAGAUUUAUUUUAUUGUAGAGCGUAUUUAUUUAGGCAAAAG